GCUGUACAGCCAUCGUCUGUCACUGUCAUAUAAGGAACUGUCAUCUGUGUUUAGUGUGCGGCAAAGGGUUUGGUUAAUUUUCAUGCUUUCCUAAAAAGAUGCUAAAUUCAAUAAAUAAAUUUAAAAGAUUCUGUGCUGUUAGGCCAUUACAGAACCUAGCACGAUGGCAACAAACCAUGGUUCAAGAGACAGCUAAACCCGAACCAGAAGACAUUUCCGAAUUCGAAAAACGAGCCCUGCAAAGUCCGGAUUAUUUUGAAGUUCACAACCUUUUCACCAUCCGUGAUUUGUUUAAUGCUCGAGUUCAUUACGGACACAAGGAGGGUUCCUUGGAUGAGAGAAUGCUUCCGUAUGUGUAUGGCAGUCGACUGGGUCACAUCAUCUUCGAUUUGGACAAGACAGCUCAACAUCUCCGUGACGCACUCAACAUAACAGCACAUAUAGCCUUUCGAGAUGGUAUAAUUCUAUUCCUCAAUCGUAACGCUCUAAAUGCCCAUUUAGUUGAGAAGAAGGCAAUGGAGGCUGGAGAAUUCUCACACACUCGAUUCUGGCGUGGAGGUAUCUUCACAAAUGCCAAUGUGCAGUUUGGAGCUGUAACUAGGCUACCUGAUCUUUGCAUUUUCUUAAAUACACAAAACAAUGUGUUGCAUCAACAUGUUGCUGUAAGGGAUUCAGCUAAAAUGGCCAUACCCACAAUUGGCAUAGUUGACUCAAAUUGCAAUCCUAAUUUAAUAACUUAUCCAGUGCCUGGAAAUGAUGAUUCCCCGGCAGCUAUUGAGCUAUAUUGUAAUUUAUUUAAAGCAGCAAUUCUUCGUGGUAAGCAGAAAAGGAAAGAGUUGCUGGGACUACCUAUUGAACCAGUUGAUAAAAAAUAAAAGCAAUCUAAUUUUAAGCAAUACAAAAAUAAAGUCGUCGAUUUAAAGGCAGAACUUAUUCAAAAAAAAAAAAUGAUUUUCAAAAUAUUUGGCGCAUAUUUAAUGCCCAAAUUUAAAUUUGUUAUUUGUUGAAUAAAUUUAACCUUUGCAACGAUGAACAAAAAGA